AUGUCGGUGGCCGUGUGCCGUGGCCCGGCCGUGCCGGCGUUCGAGACCCCCGCCUGGCUGCGCCCGGCUGAGCCGUACAAGCCGGCCGCGGCGGUGGCCGACGACCGGCCUGCGCAGGUCGACAUAUGGAAUGCCAUCCAGGCCGACGUGGUCGAGAGCAAGGUGGCCGCCGCCGCCAAGAAGCCGUACGUCAGCCCGCGCGUGCGCCGCUCGAUGAGCCAGAAGAGCCUCGAGAUCUGCACCGAGAGCCUCGGCUGCGAGACCGGCUCCGGCGACUUCACCGCGUCUCUCGACGCCGUCGACAUGGACUGCUUCUUUGGUGGCUCGCCGAUGCCGACGGCGCCCGUCGAGGCAGAGGAGUCCUUCUGGGAGAGCAGUGCCGCGCGAGAAAGCUGCUACCCGGGAGACGGGCUCGUGGCGGUGAACUACCACUCCUCGGGCGGGAGACGGUCGCCGCGCCGCUCGUUCCCGCCGCCGCUGCCGUCCAUGUCGAGCCGCGACGGGCCGUGUUUGAAGAUGUGCUCGCGCCGCCAGGACGGCCGCCUCGUCGUCGAGGCGGUGGUGGUGAGGCCGCGCGGGUACCUCCAGGCGAACCGCCAGGGCGGCCGCCUCCGCCUCUCCUUCAUCGAGUGCUCUGCUCGUGGCCAGAGCGCGGCGGGCAAGAGCGCCGCGCCGGCCGAGGCGUCCUUCUUCCCGGUGGUGGAGGACAAGUGCGAGCCAGAGCAAGAGGUGGCCAUGCAGGUGGAGGAGGAGGCCGAGGAAGACGAGGAGGAGGUGGAGGUGGUGGACAGAGGAACCAUGGUGGAGGUGAAGGUCAGCUCGCAGCCGCAGGCGCCCGCCGCCGCCAAGGUGCACCGGUCGACGCUCGUGAUCAACAAGUUCGUCGGCAGCACGCCCUUCACCUUCACCUCCGAGGAAGCGCGGUGCCACGCCGACGCGCCGCACCCCGAGCCGUCCGCGCGCGACGAAACCCCAGCGCUGCGCCGGGUGCCCUCCUCCACGACGACGCUCGCGGCCGCGGUCGCGGUGGCGUCGACCGAGACCGGCGCGCCGCGCACCCCCGUCGACGGCGACGACAGCGACGACGAGGAGGAGGACGACGAGUGCGGCGGACAGCACCACCCGUCGUCGGCCUCGGCCCUGGCCGCCGCCGACAGGAAGCCGCAGCAGCUCCUCCUGUUCACGUCGCGGAGGGGCGACAAGCACGACCUGCUGCAGAGCGUGCGCCGGUGCCGGCAGCUGCGGCAGAAGCCGCUCUUCAUCCUGGAGCAGUACUGCAUUGCCACCUCCUAA